AUGACUGUUGAUACCUUGGUUCGACUACAGCAAACCGUUGAACCCCUUAUGUCUGAUCAAUCUUCAAUCUCAGCCAUUACAAUCGUUUGUCCUGCCGAUACCUUCUCUGCCUUACAGACUUUUCUUCACGGGGGUAGUAUGGAUACCUUCCUCGAUAUAAACAUAGCUCUCUGGCCAGAAGGUCUCGAAGAAGCUCAAGCUCUAAUGCAUGCAGCAGCUCAGGUAUCGACAGAAUACGCAUUGAUCAUAGACAAUGAAGGCUUCGGUGACCUCCAUGAAGAAUCUCGCGACCAUCUCCUAUCACAUCCGUUCUUGCUUGACGUCCCAAGUGGAUUUUGCGGAGCUAAUCUUACGAAGGCGAGAGAUUAUGUUGUAUGUGCUGCACCUCAUGUCGAGCCUGGCUCGGCAUUUUUCCUCUUUCCGCCCUUUGUCAUUCCUUCUCCGUUGAUACGCGGAUUCAACCCAAGUACAAUCGAUAAUGGAACUUUCUGGUCCGAUUUUGGAAGAACUGUGCUGCACGCUAAUGGGAUUGGCGUUGUCGUUCGUGAAUCUGAGAAAACUUCGGACAAAGACUGGUGUCAUGUGCAAUGCCUCAAGCACCAUGCAAUUGAUGAACCGACACUUGCACAGUGCUUGACACUACCCGAGUCUAGCGAAGCUUCCGAGGAAAUGAAUGACCUGGCUCAUUCGUCCUCCCUAGCCGUAGUCUUGCAGACGCUCAAAGAUUUGCGAGAGUUCUCUAAUGUUGUCUGCAGGUUCAUGGAAAAUGGCUACAAUGUUCACGUUCUUAUCCUGUCACACGAUACCGACCAUGUCAUUCCACAUGAUGGCGCAUUUCCUUGGUUCCAUGAACACCUUGUUUCAGAUGUCUGCGGGAUCUCGUUUAGUGCGUUGCACUCUUCGUCGAACAUCUUCGCAAAUGCAGAAGCGCUAAAUUUCUGGCUCAAGUCGGCAAAUGAAUCAAUGUCGAUUAUAUUCUACGGACUCACGGGACUCGAAGAUGCAUCGCAGUAUUCCUUCAAAGCUGAGCUGGAGAGGCAGAGUGCCUCAGGAGUGAUGGUGAUUCGACUGCCGCACAGUGAUCUGCCGUACUGUGAUUGGAUUGCGUCGUUAACAUUGGAAGAACUGAGAAGUUGGCAUGCACCAGACAUAGAGCUCUCUGUCAUUACCGAUAACAGGCCGAGCUCGUUAGAGCGUUUGCUCAAAUCACUAGAAGGCGCUCGGUACUUUGGGGACUCCGUCUCUAUUCGAAUAAACGAAGAGCAAACGGCGGAUAUGCAUACCAGGAGAAUUGUCGAUCAGUUCUCUUGGAUUCACGGUGAAAUAUUCGUGCACCAUCGGGUUGUCCAUGCAGGGCUUCGUACUGCUAUUGUGGAGUCUUGGUAUCCUCACUCAAAUCACUCCUAUGUUAUUUUACUGGAAGACGAUGUUGAGGUUUCACCUCUGUUCUAUGCCUGGGCUAAGAUGUCUCUGUUGCGAUACCGCUAUGGUGCUUCAAAUAGGCAGCCGACGCUUUUCGGGAUAAGCCUAUAUCAGCAGAAGCAGAUAGAACUACGACCAGAAGGCCGCCGGCCCUUCGACGCUCAAGCAUUAUUCGACUCGUUCGGCGUCCUUUAUCGCAAUACUCCGUAUCUCUCGCAAAUUCCUUGUAGUUGGGGCGCCGUGUAUUUUCCAGAACACUGGCAAGAAUUUCAUGCAUAUCUAACAAUCCGCCUCUCCAAAGCAUGGAUACCGCUCCGCGAUCACGUCGUGCCAGAUGUACGCUCCAAUAGAUGGGCCAAAUCAUGGAAGAAGUUCUUCAUCGAGCUCGCGUACCUUCGCGGGUAUGUCAUGUUGUAUCCGAAUUACGAUGACUUUGUGUCGUUGUCGACGAAUCAUCUUGAGGUCGGUUCGCAUGUUAAAGAACAGCCGCAGAGUGUUUACGAACAGAAGAAGGCUCUGUUUACGCUCCCGCUCAUGACUCUGCCUACUUAUACCGAUGACCAACAGGAUUCGCGUUCGACGGGCUUGCUUGAGUUGCCUGAUGAACAGCUACCGGAAUGGUCUGAUUUACCAGUUCUUGACCUUCUAGGUCGAAUCACGAGCGGAGAGGAGAUUGUGGAACGCGGAAAGGAACGACAAAAAGAGCUAGCCGGGUGCGUCACGAUUGGCAGUCAACCGGAGCAGCGGCAGCUCUUCAGAGCUGAGGAGUUGUUCAGAUGUAGCGGGGUCGACGAUGAUAGCGAUGAAUUAGAAGAUGAAGUGGAUAGCAGUGAUUCAUUAUAA